AUGUAUGUGUCGACUAGAUGGAGGUCCCCAUCCACGUCUGCGGCAAGCUCUCCACUGCAUGCACAGAUCCGUUGCAGCCUCUAUUCUCCAAAGUGGAUGCAAACGGAAACAGAUGGAGGCUUGGUUGUGGCUUCUGCCAUCAGGUCCGUCUGGGACAAGUGCAAUUGUCGACCGGGAUCAUGGAAUUUUUUCCCUCCAAUGCUGAUUGAAGGAACGUUGGAGAAGGCGUUCCCUUCUGCAUUCCCAUGA